UUUUAGGGGAUUAUAUAUGAACCCUAUAUUUUUAAUUCAGAAGAAAAGGGCAAAUGUGGACAAUGCUGUUAUUAUACUUCAGUUGACUCCAAUUGAACUAGGUUAGAAGCAAGCAGGAAGUGAAUUUGAAAAGAAAAGGGAAGAAAAAUGGAGAGGGUGUGAUGUGGAAUGGAAUCUCCAGAUUGCAAUUGGGUAAAGAAGCAGUGAAGUGGAAUCUCCGAAGUCAAAAGUAAUAAUCUUAAUAAGGGUUUGUGUUGGCAUUGGAUUUGGAUGGAUAAAGUUUGUCUGAACAGUGAUGCGGUAGGAGAUGAAGAAGGCGAGAGCAAUGUCCAUGUCCAUGUCCCUGUUGCUCCUGCGGUUGGGAUGGAAUUUGAGAGUUACGAGGAUGUCUAUUACUUCUAUAAUUGGUACGCCAAGGAACAGGGAUUUGGGAUUAGGGUUACAAAUACCUGGUACCGCAAGACCAAGGAACGUUACAGAGCGAAACUUAGCUGCAGCAGCGCAGGCUUUAAGAAAAGAACGGAGGCUAAUCGCCCCAGACCCGAAACCAGAACUGGUUGUCCUGCUAUGAUCAAGUUCAGGUUGAUGGAUUCCACAAGAUGGAGAAUUAUUGAAGUUGAGCUUGAUCACAAUCACUUGAUUAACCCCACCAGUGGCAAGUUUUACAAGUCCCAUAAGCAAGUUGCUCUUGGCACCAAAAGAACCUUCCACUUUGAUGCUACUGCUGCUCAACAGGUUCACAAAAUUAGGAUGUUUCGAACUCUCAUAAUCGAUGCUGAGGAUGAUGCCAGUGUACAUCCUGAUGAAGGAAAAUCUCCAAAUCCGAAAGGCUUGUACUCCAACAAUCAGUUGAAGCUGAAGAAAGGUGAUGCUGAAGCAAUUUUGAAUUUUUUCAGUCACCAGCAAUUGGCUGAUCCAGACUUCUUCUAUGUGGUCGAUGUCAAUGAGAGAGGGUGUUUCAGGAAUUUGUUCUGGGCUGAUGCAAAGUCCAGGGUUGCAUACAGUUAUUUCAGUGAUGUUGUAGCUAUUGACACUACAUGUUUGAACGAUGCAUAUGAAGUUCCCCUGGUUAUGUUCCUUGGGAUAAACCACCAUAAACAAUCCAUCUUGUUUGGCUGUGGACUGCUUGCUUGUGAAACGGUUGAAUCAUACACUUGGCUGUUCAGGGCGUGGCUUACUUGUAUCUUAGGACGCCCCCCACAAGUUAUCAUUACCAACCAAUGUGGAAUCUUGCAAACUGUGGUUGCUGAUGUCUUUCCAAGAUCUACACACUGCCUUUGCUUGUUUAAUAUCAUGCAAAAAGUUCCAGAAAAACUGGGAGCCUGCGUACAGUAUGAAGCAAUCAAUGCAGCUCUGAGCAGAGCAGUAUAUUCCUCUCUCAGGGCUGAGGAAUUUGAAGCAACUUGGGAGGAUAUGAUGAAAAGCAGCGAAAUUAGAGGCAAUAAAUGGCUCCAAUCUUUGUAUGAGGAACGGAAACGGUGGGCUCCAGUUUAUCUGAAGGAAAUCUUCUUGGCAGGAAUAUUUUCAGUUCAACAAAGUGAUGAUGCUGUAUCAUUUUUCUUUGAUGGGUACCUCGAUGAACAGACUUCUCUGAAAGAAUUUUUAGAAAAAUAUGAUCAGACUUUACAGACAAAGCGACAACUCGAAGCUUUGGCAGAUUUGGAUUCAAAAUGUUGUAGCUUUGCAGCAAAAUCGAGGUCUUACUUUGAAUUGCAGGUUUCAAAGUUAUAUAGUAAUGAAAUAUUAAGAAUGUUUGAAAGGGAAGUGGAAGGAAUGUUUUCUUGCUUUAACUCGAGACAGAUAAAUGUUGAUGGAGCGGUGAUGACGUACAUUGUGGAAGAACAAGUUGAAGUUGAGGGAAAUCAUCGAGGUGCAAGAGAUUAUGAGGUGUGUUAUAAUGAAGCUGAAAUGGAGGUCUUUUGUAUCUGUGGCAUGUUCAAUUUCAGAGGUUACUUGUGCAGGCAUGCUUUGUUUAUUUUAAGCCAAAAUGGGAUAAAAGAGAUCCCAACGCAGUACAUUGUUUCACGGUGGAGAAAAGAUAUGAAGCGGAGCAAUGUGUACGAUCACAACUCUAGUGGCAUUGAUAUAAGUAAUCCAGUUCAUAGGUAUGAUCAUUUAUACAGACAGAUUGUGAAGGUUGUUGAGGAAGGUAAGAAAUCUCAUGAUCAUUACGAGACUGCACUACAAGCAAUGGAAAAUAUAUUGAGGAAGCUUCAUAUUGUAAACGUUGAGGAUCCCGACAACAUAAUGUACAAGCAUUGAUGUCUGAAUAACUAGGGCAUCGUCAUUGUAUAUUUGCGAGUUUGUUGUAGUCAUUUCACGCCAAUAUUUGGUUCCUCGGACUUAACCAUGAUUCGAAUGAUUAAGAGCAUUCAAAGUAGCA